AUGGCAGACAGUCCAAGCUUGAGAGACUGUCGGGAUGAAGUCUGUUCAAAUCGAGAUGAUAUCCCGUUGAAAGAGACCGGGAGUGACCACAGCAUCGACGAUGAGAAGCAGGAAUAUCCACCGACUUUGAAACUUGCUCCAAUUCUCAUAGGACUGUGUUUCCAGUCUUUCUGCAUUGCCCUGGACAACACAAUCCUCUCCACCGCGGUACCCAAAAUCACCGAACAGUUCAAUUCAAUAAGUGACCUUUCUUGGUAUGCCAGCGCUUACCUCGUGACGACAUGCGCUGUCACCCUCCCGUUCGGCAAGAUAUACACGUACUAUUCUACGAAAUGGACAUAUAUGAUCGCCCUGGCCUUGUUUGAGAUUGGGUCCUUGGUGUGCGCAGUGACUCCGACUUCGAAAGGCCUGAUUUUGGGGAGGGCAAUUGCUGGUAUUGGGUCGGGGGGGCUAUCUCCGGGUGCUUUGCUGGUACUUGCAAACAGUGUACCUCUUCACCGUCGUGCACUUUAUUAUGGAAUCAUCGGGAGCACCAGUGGAAUUGCGACCAUUACAGGGCCGUUACUAGGUGGAGUAUUGACCGACCAUGUCAGCUGGAGAUGGUGUUUUUGGAUAAACAUACCAUUCGGUGCUCUCACUGGACUGGUGAUAGUUCUCUGCUUCAAAGAUUCGAUGAAAAUGAAGCCCAGGCUCGACACACUUGGACAGCUGAAAAGAAUGGAUCCGCUUGGUAUUCUGGCCUUCAUCCCGGCAAUAGUCUCAAUACUAUUGGGCUUGCAAUGGGGUGGAACGAAGUAUGAUUGGCAUAAUGCAAGAAUAAUUGCACUUUUUGUCCUAUUCGGGGUCUUCGGUUCUCUGUGGUGCUUCAUCCAGGUUUGGAAACAGGAUGAAGCUACGGUGCCACCUCGUCUACUCAAGAAUCGAAAUGUGCUUGGUGCAGUGAUACAUGCCACUUUCCUUGGAGGGUCCUUUUUUGUGUUUGGAUACUAUCUUCCCAUUUGGUUCCAAGCAAUCAAAGAAGAUUCCGCAUCAGAGUCCGGAAUCAACAAUCUUCCAAUGGUCGUGGCUAUGAUUGUUUGUUCUGCCCUAGGGGGUCUCCUCGUGAAUAUUGUUGGGUACUAUACGCCCUUGAUGUUCGUAGGAAGUGUGUUUCUCACGAUCGGCUCUGGCCUGUGUACGACCUUUGGGAUUCAUACCGGCCAUGCGAAAUGGAUUGGAUACCAAGUCAUCAUUGGAGUCGGUGCAGGGCUCGGCUUCCAACAGUGCAUCAAUGCUCUCCAGACCGUGCUGUCCUUGGAUGAUAUACCAAUCGGAAUUGCCAUCAUUACUUUUGCACAGAGUCUGAGCGGUGCGAUAUUCAUCUCAAUUGCUCAGACUGUAUUUGAGAACCGUCUUAUGGCAAGCAUUUCCAUAUAUGCCCCGAAGCUUAACCCAAGUGCGGUGAUAGAGGGCGGUGCAGCCAACUUGUCGCAACGUCUAUCCAAAGAGGCUCUCCCAUCCGUGCUCUAUGCGUACAACAUUGCUGUCACGCAGACAUUCUACGUGUCUGUUGCUGCCGCAUUACUUUCUUUUAUCGGCGCAGGGCUUGUGCAGUGGAAGUCAAUGAAGAAAACCCACAGACAACACCCCGAAGAUUGA